AUGUUGCUACCCAGUGCGAAUUCUGCCUCACCCUUUCGUGGUUCAGAUUUUCAGAAACUUGAACCUGGAAACAAGCAAGCCUUGAACGAGCUUCAAAAAAUACAGGAUGUUUCUACUGGAUGUGUACUGUCCCCUGAUUGCACACCAAGAAGAACCGUCAAACCAAUAGAUAAACCGAAACAUCUGCAGUCCACAAAACCUCUUAUGCAAAUCAACAUAGAAGAAGUGAAUGGGAAAGUGUUGGCCCCUCCUGUACCAGUGAGGGAGAUCCCUGAUGCGGAUCAAGCUCCAGAGGACACAUCUCCACGGUCGACGUCCCCAAGCGCCAAGAUGAUCAAAAUUGAAGAACUUCCAGAUCCUUCACCGUGUCAGUCAGAACUGUGA